GGCGGGGAUGGCGGCGGCGGAGACCGGGGCGCGGGAACGCGGUGAGACGACACAGCCAGGCCAGGCGGGGAGCCGGGCCCUGUACUUCUGCGGGAGCAUCCGUGGCGGACGCGAGGACUCGGCGCUGUACGGUCGGAUCGUGUCGCGGCUGCGGCGCUUCGGGACGGUGCUCACGGAGCACGUGGCGGCUGCGGAUCUGGACGCGCGCGGGGAAGAGGCUUCUGGAGGUGACCGUCUCAUCCAUGAGCGGGACCUGGCCUGGCUGCAGCAGGCAGAUGUGGUGGUGGCAGAAGUGACCCAGCCGUCGUUGGGGGUAGGCUAUGAGCUGGGCCGGGCCGUGGCCCUCAAUAAACGAAUCCUGUGCCUGUUCCGUCCACAAUCUGGCCGAGUGCUUUCAGCCAUGAUCCGGGGAGCAGCAGACGGCUCGAGGUUCCAGGUGUUAGACUAUGAAGAGGGACAGGUGGAGGCCAUGCUGGAUCAAUACUUUGAGGCCAACCUUCCUCUAGCAGGCGGCUGUCACCCCUGACCCAGCCUGACUUAACCCUGCUUUGUUACGUUCCUCUAAUCCCAGACUCUGCCCUAGUGCCUUUCCUGCCUCCUAGCCCCAGUUCCAAAUUAAAACGUAUGUUUAAAAUUCUAA